UCACAUUCAGUAUUUGAGUAUUCUAUAUUCUCAGCUGUCAAUUUUGCCGCAAUACUUUAAAGCAAAAAAAUUAAAAUAUACAAAUUUGAGGAGAAAGUUGAAUACCAAUUUUACUAUACGUAUAUAUUAAUUCAUUAAAUAAUUAUUUUGAAUAAUUAAAGUUGCGUUUCAAAAACUGUGAUGUCUGAAGAAUUUUAUUUACGGUAUUACGUUGGACAUAAAGGAAAAUUUGGACAUGAAUUUUUGGAAUUUGAGUUCCGGCCGGAUGGUAAAUUGAGGUAUGCUAAUAAUUCCAAUUACAAGAACGAUACAAUGAUUCGCAAAGAAGCAUAUGUGCAUCAAACUGUAAUGGAAGAAUUGAAAAGAAUAAUAAUCGAUUCUGAAAUAAUGCAAGAAGAUGAUACUCCUUGGCCACCACCUGAUAGAGUCGGCAGACAAGAACUUGAAAUAGUUAUAGGUGACGAACAUAUUUCAUUCACCACAUCAAAAACUGGCUCGUUAGUUGACGUUAAUCGUUCAAAGGAUCCUGAAGGUUUACGCUGCUUUUAUUAUUUAGUACAAGAUUUGAAAUGCUUAGUUUUUUCACUGAUUGGUCUUCAUUUUAAAAUUAAACCGAUAUAACUUUCAUCGAAUAAUCAUCAUCAAAAUUUGCAAUUUUUUUAAAGUAAAUAAAAUAUACAUAGUACUUUUAUUAAGUAUUAUUUUCUAAGAA